AUGGCUGCUUCCUUGAGCUGCUCUUCGAUUCUGCGUAUUGGAGGUGAUGCGAGAAUCGGGAGCUCACGAGCUUCAAGCUUCACAUUCCAGUCUCAGAUUUCUUGCGGGAUUCAAAGGGAUGAUAAUGGACGCCGUAUUUGGCGGAGAAGAACACUGACGAAGAAGGACGAUAUGUUGCGUUACAAGAUGCAAAGAGUUCCAUUUGUGGAAGAACAAGUGAGGAAGAUCAAAGAAGUUGGGAAAGUCAUGACAAUGGACAUUGAGAGGCUGCUUUUGAGCGCAGACAAUCGAUUUGAGUUUGUCAACAGCGUAGCAGCUGAAGCAACAGAGUACGUGGAGAGAAACAGAGACGAAUAUGGAGGUAGCAAAAAAGCCAUCUUUCAUGUUCUGAGCAACCGUAUGAAUGAUAUUGGGUUUGAUCGUCCUGAGGCUUACAUCGAAUCUGAUCCUUACAAACCCGGUCCUGGCUUCUUGAAGGAGUAUUACACUUGA